GGGUCAAGUGGGUUCACACUAGGCCCUUUACUAGUGCUGAUAUAGCUCAAUUCGGGGUAUUUCAGGUUCGUCGACGAACACACAACGUUGGACGACACCUUAAUUUAACUACAAUUUUACAAUCUUUGAGAAGCACUCCAAUCUUUAUUUCGAACUUUAUUGUUAAUGGGAAAGAGAGCUAA